AUGGCUUCGGGAAAAGGUAAAGAAAAUAUAUCGACAAAAGAUACACGUAAUGAUGAGGAUAAUACAAAUAAGAAAUAUUUUGUUGAUGUUAUAAAAAGGUUGAAUAAGAAUGAUAAUAAGAAAUAUUAUUUGGAUGAAGAAAAUAAAACCGAGAUCCAGGAUGCAGAAACAAAAUUUAAGAAUGAAUUGAAUGAAGAAAUAUAUAAUAAAGAUGAUUAUAUAAUAUAUGAUGAUGGAAAUCCAGAAAUUCAAUUUUUUACAAAUAAACAAAAAUUAAAAAUAGCUAGAUAUUCUUGGAAAGCAGAAAAUCCUAAAGCAUAUGUUUUUGCUUUACAUGGUAUCACAUCUCAUUUGAGAAAUGAAUAUUUGAAUUAUUAUGGUCGUCCUAUAUGGGCUCAUAAAAAGGAUGAGGUACAUGAUAAUAAUAUAUCGAGUGACGAUAAUAAUAAUAUACCUAGUGAUGAUAAUAAUAAUAUACCGAGUGGUGAUAAUAAUAAUAUACCGAGUGGUGAUAAUAAUAGUAAUAAUAAUAAUAAUAAUAAUGCGAACAAUGAUUAUAAACCUCGUUUAGAUAAAUAUACAAACGAAUUGAAAGAGUCGGAAAAGAAUAAUAAUGAUUAUAUAAUUAAGGAUAAUUUAACAAACACAAUUAAUUAUGGAUAUCAUAGGGGUAAUGUAGGUGAAGAUAUUAAUAACGACAUAGAGAAAACCCAUGAAAGAGGUAAGAGCAUAGAAGUAAAGAGCGAAGUAAAUAUACCAAAAUAUACAUCGACAUCAUCACUAAAUAAAGUAAAUGGUAACAAUAAUAUAGAAUGUGAAAACUUAAGAAAAAACAGUUUAAAAAGUAGAGAAUCCUAUUUUAUGAAUAAUGAACCUGAGAAAUCAGUAUUAAACGAAGGAGAUGUAUAUGAGAGUACAUCAUCCUUAUCAUGUAGUUCAUCCGAAUUAAUGGAUAAGAAAACAUUGGAAAAGAAAUUGACUAUGUUUUUAUCAUGUUCUUCUUGUAUGUCUAAUUAUAACGAAAAUACAAAUGGUUUAAAUAAUGAUAAAAAGUUUGAAACAGGUUCAGAUAAUGAAAUGAAUAGUGAUGAUAAUAUGAUGGUUGAUGAUGAUAAUGUUUUAUUAAUUGAUGAGAAUUAUAAUAGUAGUAAUAGUAACAAUAAUAGUAAAAAUAAUGGUAGUAGUAAUAAUAGUAAAAAUAAUAGUAAAAAUAAUAGUAAAAAUAAUAGUAAACAUAGUAGUAAAAAUAAUAGUAAAAAUAAUAAAAACAAUAAUAAAAACAUUAAUAAUGAUAGUAAUAAUAAUAAUAAUUACGACGGAUGUAAUGAUAAUACAGUUUAUUAUUGUUCCAUGUGUGGAUCUGUUUGUAAUUAUUGUAAUUGUGGAGAACGUACUUUGUCAUAUAAAAAUAGUUGGAUAGAAAAAUUAAAUGAAAAUAAUUUUUCUUUUUUCGGUAUCGACAAUCAGUCACAUGGGUUAUCAGAAGGAUCAAGAAAUCAGCGAUGUUUUGUUGAAGAUUUUGAACAUUUUAUAUCAGAUGCCAUACAAGCUUUAGAAAUAUUUAUAAAUGAAUGGAAAGAAAAAAAUGAAAUGAAACCAAUAAUACUUAUGGGGUUAUCUAUGGGUGGUUGUAUAGCAUUAAGGACAUUAGAAACUAUUAAUAGAUUAAAUAAAGAAUGGAAAUCAUAUGUAAAAUGUUUAAUACUUGUAUCUCCAAUGAUUAGUUUAGGAAAACAAAAAAAUAAAAUAUCCAAUAAACUUUUAAUUUCUGCAACGAAAUUUCUUAAAUAUUUCUUUCCUCUAUUAAAAGUGAAUGUAAAAGAAAGUAAUGCAAAAUAUGCAUGGAUAAAACAUGAUUCUGAUAUUGAUCCUUUCCAAUAUUGUGGACCUUUAAACAUUAAAAUAGCAGCAGAGUGUGUAAGUGCAGCUGAUAACUGUUUAAAAUAUCAUAUAUUAAAAUAUGUAGAAGAAAGUGAUACAGAUAUUAUGGUUAUUCAAUCGAAACAUGAUUGUAUUGUGGACCCUUCAGGAAGUAUCGAUUUUAUGAAAAAAAUGGUACGCCUUUAUAAUAAAAAGGAAGAAAAAAGAUUAAAAAAUAAUAAUAAAAAGUAUAGUCAAACGAGUACAUAUAGUACUAAGGAGCAUAACGAAAAAUUGGCGACUGUUCAUGCUGUGGAAAAUAAUAAUGAUGAUAAUAAUGAUAAUAAUAAUGAUGAUAAUAAUGAAGAUAAUAAUGAUGAUAAUAAUGAUAAUAAUAAUAAUAAUAAUAAUAAUGAUAAUAAUGAUAUUGUUACACGUUUUCAAAACGACCUUAUUUCAAAAGAUAAAGAAAAUACAACAAUUAAUUCAUUUAUGAAUAAACCCUUUAUAAACAGUGCAAAGGAUAAUACCAUAAAUAAUAACGAAACAGAUGAUCAUCAAAACGAACAAACGUUAAACGAUGGAACAUUAACAAAUAAUAAUACUAUGAUGAUGAUGACCAUCAAUGAUGAUAAUAACAAUGAAAAUUCUGAAAUUAUUAAUAAAAAUAAUAAUAAUAAUAAUAAUAAUAAAAAUAAUAAUAAUAAUAAUAAUAAUAAUAAUAAUAAUUAUAGUAGUAAAGGAAGUAUACAACGUACCAAUUAUCAAAACCCAAUUCAUGAUGAAGACAAAAUAAAAAUACAGAAAUUAAUGCAAUCAUAUGAAAAAGCAGAUUAUACACAAGCCAAUUUAUAUAAUUCUGAAGAUUACUCAAAUCAGACAUGUAAUAAAUUUUUUGAAAAUUCAUAUAUUAAAUUAUCAAAAAGUACUUUGAAAAAUGAAAAAGAAUUAUGGAAUCCCUUUGAUCAUGGACACUAUAAAAAUUUUAUAUUAAAAAAAAAUAACAAAAAUUGUAAUUUUUCAAAAGAAGAAGACAAAUAUAAAAAAUUGAGUAUUUAUAUUUUAAAGUAUGGUUGUCAUACCUUACCUGGAGAACCAGAUAGUAAAUCAAGUGCUAAUAUUUUAGUGAAUUGGUUGAAUAAUAUAUUUCAUUAA